GGAUAUUAUAUUAUGCGGGGUUGCGAUAGGUGGGAAAGACAACAACAACAAAUCAUGAGACAACGUCAUUCAUCUUCAUCUAUUUCUCCUUCACAAUAUAAGUUAGAAUACAUUUGCUCUCGCCACUUUCAAUAUCUACAUAUGUUUACCACAUUCAACUCUUUCUAAUCAUUGCCUAUCAAAUUUUCAGCCCUAUCUUGCUGCCGUGCUACAUAUACUCUUGUGUUUACCAGUAGAAAGGACAAGCUCGUAGCGUUUAUAUCACUUGCAUCAUCAUCACUUACCGCUACAACGAUUCAAAGCAAAUUUGAACAUCAGAAGCAGCUUCCCACGAUGCGCGGCGGUAGACCAAAUCUACCGCUUGGUGAAUCAUGGGUCGUAGAAGGCAACCAGGAGGACUAUGAAGAAUAUUUGCCACCCACCGAAGCAGAUUACGAUCGUCGAGCAAGAUCUUCUGUCCCACGAAGACCUACAAGAGGUAGUAACAGAUCUCCAGAGCCAGAAUUCGUGAUGCCUUCUCUGGACGCGGAAACUCUAGAAGCUUCGUGGUCUCAGGCUGAGAGCACUAGUAGAAGCCCCCGGCGAUUCCAAGAAUCUCAAAGACGAAACUCGCGACAUGAUCAGAACUUUGAAAGCUCAAGCAUACGGCUAAGAACCCAACCCACUCACAACAGAGCCUCUUUAGCUCCACCCACUGCAAAUUCUCACCCGCCACAUCGUCCAAAUUCCGACGCCAACGAUAUCAUUACUACGUUCAUCGAUCAUACAACAAUGGUCUUGGCAUGGAUCAUAGAGAUCCUAGGGGGGGCGCUUAGGCUUUUGCGGACGCCUCUAUCUUAUUUACUUGCUAUAUGCAUUCUCUCUGGCAUCGGUCUCGUAGCGCGAAGCCUGAUUACCACAUCCAUCUACGCAUCAUUAUCUCCCAUUUGUCUACUCCCAGGGUCAUCUUUGUUGAACUUGCCUUUCUGCUCAAUUCAUAACGGUGAUUCUAGCAAGGCAAAAGUACCAGUUGAGUUUGAACAAGUCAUGAUGGUUCAAUCUCAGUUCGAAGAUAUACUUAGGGAAAGUGCUGGAGGGGUUUCCCUGCCACUGGAUAUGAAACGUGGAGAGAGCUUUCUUAGAGAUCUUCGUCAACUUGUACGAUACAGCCAAUUGAAAUCGAGGAACGAACUUGUCAUGGAAUUUGAUGGAUUCAUUGAUACUGCAAAAAUUGCAUCAUGGGACCUAACAAAAUUCAAUAGUCAUGUGGGUAGAGCGGUAGAUAGUGUCAUUUCUAUCUCACGCUGGACCUCACGAGUUCUUGAUGGUAUUCAAGAACGCGAAACGUCUCGUGGUUUGGUCGGAACCUUUGUCAAUGACAAGCUACUUGCACCCUUCCAGCCUACCAAAUUUUCUGAAAGACUUGUUCUUGAUCAGUAUGUGGAGCAUACUCGAGCUGUGGAAGAAGAAAUCGCUCGUUUGGUUUUGGAGGCGCAAGCUCUAUUGAUGGUUCUAAAUAACUUGGAAGAUCGCUUGGAGAUUAUUCAUGGGAUUACAGUACGAGACGGUGUUCAGGUACAAGCUAGCAAGGAUGAGACUCUAUCGGAAUUAUGGGCAUGGCUUGGUGGUCAUCGAGGCAAGAUUAACAAACUCAACGGCCAGCUCAAUUUGUUGAAAGAAAUUGGAGACCGACGUAAAAUUGCUUUAGCACAUGUAUCAGGAACUUUGAUCAAGCUUCAAGAUAUCAGUGCUGGUCUGGAGGAUUUGAGAGAAAGGGUGGCCGCACCAGAAUUGCUGCGCGACAGAAUUGACAUACCCUUAUCCGUUCACAUCGAGCACAUUCAAGCGGGCAUAAAUCGACUGGAAGAGCAGAAACUUAUUACACAAAAAUCAAAGGAUGAUAUCAUGGAGAGAGCGAGACAUCGUCAUGAUAUGGAAGGAAAUCUCAUAGAUGGAUGACGUGUCUGGGUCUCCAGCUACUAUUGCGGUAGUCAGAAUUUCUCGCUAACGAACAACUCACCUGCAGUUACUACUUAAUGAUAAGGAUUAAAUUCUUUUUUCUA